AUGCCUGGUAGAAGAAACCAAGGCAGAGGCGGUCGAGGUGGCCGUGGAGGAAGAUCUGCGCAGCAGACUGGUCGAGGGUCUCACGGCAAGAAGGCCGACAGACCGAAGCAAUACCAUCCUCACAAUCCUGACUUCACUCACGAGCAGGUGACAAUAUACUUGCUUGAGGCCAUCGCGCUCAAGAGCUUGGACUACGCUCAAGAUAUGAUCUGGAGUGUGAGAAAUAUGGCCCAUGUGGACUUUGAGGCUUUAAGAGGCACUCAAACGGUAUACAAGCCGGGAAAGAACGACUCCGAGUUCUUCAAAAGUUCGAGACAGGCUCAACUUGAUAGGAACUGGGAAAACCUAAAUGUCAAAGCUCAAGCUGACCAAGUAUUCGAAAUCCUUGGUACAGAUGUGUUGCAUGCGAACAGCAGUGCCCCGAACGGAGUGAGCAACGCACAGGCGGCUGCUCGAACGACAUCUUCACGACCGGCUUUUAGUUGCUGGUGUUGCGGAGAUACUGGCCAUGGAGUCACCUGUUGUCCCAAACGUUCCACACGCCCGCAAGCGGAAUGGAGCGACCCAGGACGAUACAGCGACGCCUCCACUACUACUACUACUACUACAAGACGAGCGGGGAGAGCCAAUCUCCAAGUCCCUGCGACUGCAUCUGCAGCGCAGUCGGAUGUCGCGUCUAGCGUCACUGGAACGCAAUCAACUGGUCAACAACAUCGAAGCAAUAUGCAACGAGCUGUUGUUGACAGGAGUGGAAAUAGCACUUCUGGUGCUACGGAUGUACCCGGUUCUUAUGUGGUACAAGGCAGGUCUGUCGAUGAUGGACAAUCUAAUGGUAGGAUUACAGGAUGGAACCUCGCACAAGUACGUGUAAGACCAAUUCUGAAGAAGAAAGCAGUCUCCACUGAAGACAGGGGAGAGUUGCUAAUGAAGAAAUGGCAAGCACAACUAGAAGCUGCCAGUACUUUCAAGGACGAUGACAGCAUGGUCAGCGAUGGAAGCUUGAACACGCAGAUUUACAAGUCGACCUCGAAGAUGGAUUCAUUGAAGCACUGUUCUCAAUGGACCAAAGACAACAAGAAACCUUUCAAAUCUAAUGGAAGUAAGCACUGGGAUAUCGAUCUUGGUGUACAUCUUGAUUCUGGAUCUACGUUCAGCCUACGAAUGAACGAAGAUUACGCCAAACCGGGCACUGUGUCUGACCUGGAUUACAUGUUCAACUACGGUACGAACACUGGCCAACGUGACCUGCAUCAACAGGUCGAAUCAAGUAUUAUCGAAGGACACACUUGCUUGCUAGACACUGAAGCGCAAUGUAACCUUGAUAGUUUAUCUGAGCUUGUGAAGCUUGGAUUUCGUGUCGUUAUGGACACUGACAUUGAAAACUCCUUCAUCGUUACGAAGGGGGAACAGAGAAUGAGGUAUGUGCAUCAAAACGGAUUGUAUACUUUCGUGCCCGAUGGUAGGGCAGAGAGUGAUGAAGGGUCCGAAUACUCUGAAUGUGAAUACAGAGAAUGCGGAAAUGGUGACUGCGACGCGAUCGGUGUCGCACACACUGAAUGCCAUAAAUGUGGUGUUAUUUUCUGUUGUAGACUUUUAAAAACUAGCUAUUCCGAUUCCGAUUAUUGUGGCAUACAGACGGUACGGGAGAAUAUCGAAGGGUUCACUGAUAAACAAGUUGAGCGGGCUAAUCGCGCACAAUCAGUGUAUCAUAUGGCUGGUGCACCAGGAGUGCAAGCGUUUUGUAUUGCAGUAAGAUCUGGUCUGUUCAGGAACUGCAAUGUGAAUGAAGAAGAUGCAAUCAUUGCCGAAAAAAUAUAUGGACCUGGUUCUUCGGUCCUAAAAGGAAAGACGAAGCGUCCCACACCUGAAGGAGUGCGGGAUGACUGGAUAGAAAUACCAAAGGAGUUAUUAAUGCACAAUCUGAGUGUUGUGCUGCACAUUGAUCUUAACAAUUCAUUUGGACUCACAACCAUUGAUGGGAGUGUGAGACACCGGUGCUGCAUACCCUUGGCUUCACGAUCCAAAACGGCAUUGUAUGACACAAUUGAUAAAUGCUUUCGAAUAUAUAAUGCACGUGAUUUCACAAUGGAAAAGAUUUACUGCGAUGGGGAGUUCCGUCCGGUAUUUGAACCCGUGAAAGACGAACUUGAAGUUCAUAUGAAUUACGCCAGCAGAGGCAAACAUGAUCCGAAAGCGGAACGAAAUAAUCAGCAUUUAAAAGCACUGUUUUGGGUUCACUUUCACCGAAUGCCAUUCAAGGCGAUUCCAAAGAAGUUAACUGUGGCACUGAUGACAAGAGUCGCAAAAAUAUCCAACUACUAUCCGGCAAAAGGUGGGUUGUCUGCAUACUACAGCCCGCACAUGAUUAUGCAUCAACGAAUGGUUGAUGCCUCCAACAAAUUUGUCGCUGAGAUUGGCGCCUAUGUCCACGGAUAUGGUCAUGACACCAAGAAUAAUAUGGCUGCUCGAACAAUCGAAGGUGUUUACAUGGGACCCACCGACGAUAUUCAAGAAAGGCACCGUAUCUAUGAUCUGAACACAAAGUGCGAGGCACGACGUGCAAAAAUCAAGGUUCUUUCGAUGACUGACCAAGUCAUCAAGAUUGUCGAAGAAGACGCACGAUUGGAAGGAGUGACGGAAUUGCGCACCUAUUCCAAGCGUAAUGGCAAGCUAAUCCUUGAUGGUGAUUUGCUUGAAGGAGUGGACCCAGAUGAACUGUGGGAUGAAAACUACGUACCAGUAAACGAAAUCGAAAGACUGAGUGAUGUAACCCUCCGAAAUGAAAAUAUUCCAGAUGACGAACUUGAAGAAUUACUAAUGGAUGCUGAAGCAGACAUCAUGGAAGCAAGGUUCGACAGGGACAGAAACCCAAGAUACGAUAGCGAAGCAAAUCAAUAUGAAGAUGAGCUAGAGGACGAAAUGCUCGACAGAAUGUUCAAGAAGAUUAAGGCUAAACAAGAUGCUGAAGAUCUGAUGGACAAAGACUACCAAGAACACGAAUGGAUAACUGCCAAUGAGGACAUGGACUACAAAGACGAAUACGAGUCUGAACUAGACGAUGAAGAGAGCAAGCAAAUGUUAGACAAACUGGCAGCUGAGUUAGUGGAACUUGGAAAACCAGACAAAGAAGAGGUUCUGUUCGAAUUUGAUGACAACACACAAGAAGAUGUGGAAGUUGAAUCAGAAGAGGAAGAUGGUGUCGCUCGCGCAGGAGUGAGAUUUGCAGACACAGAUGAUGAUGAGUCCAACACCGAAGGAAUUGUAAGAAGCUACAGUGACGACGGUGUCGAAGUUGGAGCGAAACGGGUACUUCGCACAAGACACAAUCAAUCCUACUUCUCACAAGGGGUAAAAAUGAGACCCACUGAGAGAUACAGAAGAGAGAAAUCAAGAUUUGGACAGGCAUACCUGCAAAAAAGGAAUCCGCCUGUGCCAAACGUUUUGAGAAACAGGCGUGCAAUGAGAAGAAAAGCACGAAUGGAAAGACUCCGAGUCUCGCUGUAUCAAGCGAUUAAGAAACGAAUUGACACGCAAAGAAAUGGAGCACAGUUGCAAGGAAACCUUAAGCACGAGCGUUCCAUCCGAGAACGCGUGCACAAUUUGGCAUUCCAACAAGUCGGGAACACAAACAAAGGCGAAUAUGACGCUGACGAAGCGUUGGUAGUCGCUCGUGUUAUUCAACAAAUACGCGAGGGUGUCAACGGUGCUAUCAAUGGGCAAGACGGAGUCUCGUUCAUUCAGCAAUACUAUCUGAAUAAAGGACUGAAAAUAUUCAAGGAGCAAGGUAAAGACGCGGCCAUGAAAGAACUUGACCAAUUAAUCAAGCGCAGUUGCUGGACACCGAUCAGUAUUGAGAAACUAAAACCGACCGAAAGAAAGAAGGCCGUAGAUGCAAUGAUGCUACUUGCCGAAAAGAAUGAUGGCGUGACAAUCAAAGGGCGCUGUGUAUUCAAAGGUAACGAGACCCGUGAUUGGUUGUCUCGUGAAGACACUGCAAGUCCCACAGCUUCGCAUGAAGCUCUUAUCUGCACGGGUGUCAUUGAUGCCCAUGAAGGUAGAAACGUCAUGUCAAUGGAUAUACCUAACGCGUUUAUCCAAACAUUGAUGCCCGAGCAGGAAGAAGGAGAAGAUCGAGUAAUAAUGAAAAUUACUGGGCUGCUGGUCGACUACAUGAUUGACCUAGAUCCGACGUAUCGGGAUUUUGGAGUAAUCGAAAAUGGACGUCGAGUGAUCUAUGUUGUGAUCCUCCGUGCUAUUUAUGGGAUGUUACAGGCUUUGUUGCUAUGGUACCGAAAUCUGAGGGCAUCACUGGAAGAAUACUGA